UUCAACAAUAGAGCCGGUCUUGCACGAGUGGAGACUGGAUCGUUAUUUUACCCAAUAAAGGGAGAGCGUUGGGAGGGACCUUUAGACUGAAUGAGUUUCAAUAACUCGACACAGCCGGCCGAUCGCGGUCUGGUGAACUGGGUCAAUGAUGACCUCACGCGGAAAGGACAGUGUCAAAUGUGUACUGUGUAAACUGAAGAGUAUGUGCUUCGCCAUAGUCGGGUAGGGUAACACUAAAUGUGUACUGUGAAAAUGGAGACGUAUGUGCUUUGCCAUAGUUAGGUAUGCCAAGGGCAACAGGAUUGCAGUUCAGUGUUAAAUGUGAACGUUUGAUCUGAAUAGGCGUAGGUAGACACAAUAUACACAAAAUAAGGCGAGGUUGUAUAGAUAAAAGGCUUUUUAAAAAUUCCGUGACUGAGAAAAAACUCUCAACACUAUUAGAUCUAUCUGCGAGUCACUUUGAGAGAUGUGAUUGUUAUUUUUCUCGUUGUAGCAAUCUAAAUGAUUCGUUACAUGUGGAGAUCACGUUCGGAAAUUGUGAUGUGUGCCUUACGUGAAAAAAACAUUUCUGAGUAAACAGUGCCCUUGUAUGUACUAUAAGGGCAUUCGGUGUGAUGUGUACUGCAUUUCUUUUCUUGCUUUCGACGUGUAAGCAAUGCAGCAUGCCGUUUGGAAUAUUUGAAACAGUUGUGGACAGCAUCAUUUGCUCACAAAUUCAGAUGAACGAUGUAUUGGGUACCAUUGUGUAUUGGUGUUUAUGUUCUGAUUGCUCUGCCUUUAUUGUUCAUGAUUACAAAAGGACACAUGGAUCUUCUUGGCUGUGUUCUGGCCUUGGGUCUGGCCGUUGUGCUACCCAGCAGUAUCCUCGGAAACCUCCCGUCUUCCCUCGUUACACUAGACACGUCUCUGGGCCAAGUGAGCGGCGUGAGGAAACCAGCCGGCAACAACACUUACGUCGACGUUUUCUACAGCAUUCCUUUUGCCCAACCACCUCUUGGAGAGCUGAGGUUCAAAUCUCCUGUCCCCGCAGAUCCAUGGAAUGGAGUUCUUGACGGCACAAAAAUGCCGGACGCCUGCUGGCAAGCGCUUGACACGGCUUUUGACCGUUUUUGGGGGGUGGAGAUGUGGAACCCGAACACUCCGCGCAGCGAGGACUGCCUUUACCUGAAUGUGUACCUCCCCAACAGAGGAAAGAGCUCUGCUCCAAGUAAACCCAAGCCAAUCAUGAUCUGGAUCUAUGGAGGUGGCUUCUGGGCUGGUUCAGCAACCCUUGGCGUUUAUGAUGCGACUUACCUCGCUGCCAGAAAUGACGUCAUUGUCGUCUCUAUUGCGUACAGAAUCGGGCCUCUAGGUUUCCUCUACUUAGGCAACGACGAUGUUCCUGGAAAUGCAGGACUUUUUGACCAGGGCAUGGCUAUGAAGUGGGUCAGAGACAAUGCAGAGAGACUAGGGGGUUCCCCUGAUGACAUCACCCUUUUUGGAGAAAGCGCUGGGGCUGUUAGUGUCGGACUCCAUAUGUUCUCUCCUGAGACUAGAGAUCUGUUCAGCUACGCCAUCAUGGAAAGCUCUGCCCCAAUAGCGAAUUGGGCCGUUCAGGCGAAUGAUAAGGCAAAAGCCAGAUCCUUGGGGCUAGCAGCAUCUGUAUCGUGUGACGGUAAAGCGUCUGAGGAUGAACUCAUGCAGUGUUUGAGGAAGGCAGAUCCCGAGGUUCUUUCAAAUAACCAGUGGGAUUUUGUUGAGAAAUACUUUGACACAACCUUCGCUCCUGUAGUGGACGGGAAAUUUAUACCUGACCAUCCCGUCUCGAUGCUCGCUCGUGGGGACAUCAAACGAACAAGCGUCAUUCUGGGGAUGAACAAAAACGAGGGCAUUUAUUUCGACCUCUACGGCUUCAUCAAAGACUUCCCUCUCGAGGGUAACGGUCAAAUAGAUCAAAUACAAUUUGACAACAUCUUGCCUAAAAUCGUAGAUGACCCUAACAAGAUUCAGCAAGUAAAAAACGAGUACUUUAAGGACCUUUCCCUUUCGUAUGCUGAAAUCGUUGACGCUGUCUCCGGUGAUGUCCUCUUCAAGUGUCCUCUAAUCGACUUCGGUCAGGCGUAUUCAAACUUGGGAGGAGAGGUGUACAUGUACAGCUUCGAGCAUCGAGUAGCAGACAAUCCCUGGCCCGAAUGGUUUGGCGUUGCGCAUGGUUACGAAAUUGAGAUUGUCUUUGGUCUUCCUCUGGCACCCAACUCACUCUCGCCUUCAGACGAAAAGACCCUUAGUGUUGAGGUCAUGAAGCUGUGGACCACAUUCGCCCGCACGGGGUCAAGAGUGAUAUUACACUGUGAUAUAAUGACGGAAUAGAGCCAUUGUGCCUGCAACCAAAGCCUUAUGGACAAGACAGCUGCCGUCCGCUUACAGCUUCAGUUCAUUCCCAAUUUUAACUAAUAACACAACUUCUUUGCGAGUAUUCAGUUUGGUCAUAAGGUUAUCUGUACUGAAACUUUGUCUUUAAUUGUGACUUUUUCCCGCGAAGAAUUCAGGCCCAAGUGCCUUUUUUUAUAUGAAGCACUUUGAUUGCGGGCUGAACAGUAGGCCUGACUUCAUCUUUCCAAGAUAUAGCUACAUCGCAGCGUCUGUGAUGACAGGACACGGCAAUAUUAGAUCUAUUAUUAUUAUUAUUAUCAUUAUUAUCAUUAUUAUUAUU